AUGUCCUUCACUGACGUGCUGGCCAUCAUUGGGGGAUUCACUGUUGUUUUCCUGCUGCUGAGACUGGCCUGGAGAUGCUGGUGUGGAUUCAGACAGUUUGUUUUGUCUGAGAUUUGGCAUGUGGAUUUAAAGACAUAUGGGCAAUGGGCAGUUGUCACUGGUGCCACAUCUGGCAUUGGCAAAGCUUAUGCCAGUGAGCUGGCACAAAGAGGCCUGAAUGUUGUUUUGAUAAGCAGAUCUGAUGAUAAGCUUCAAGCGAUUGCCAAAGAAAUAGAGGAUCAGUAUGGACAAAAGACUCGCACCAUCCAAGCUGACUUCACAGACGGCCAAAGUAUCUACACUGCUAUAGCUGAACAAUUACAGGGACUGGAGAUUGGGAUUCUGGUCAACAAUGUAGGAAUGACCUACUCUGAUCAUUUUGCCUAUUUCCUGGAAAUACCAGAUGCUGAACAGAAAAUCACUCAGGUUAUCAACUGUAAUAUGCUCUCAGUCACUCAGAUUACCAGAGUGGUUCUUCCAGGCAUGGUGGAAAGAGGGACAGGGCUGAUUAUCAAUAUCUCCUCUGAAGCGGGCGUCCGUCCACAGCCUUUGUUGUCCCUUUAUUCUGCCACUAAGAUUUUUGUAACAUAUUUCUCUGAGUGUCUGCAUGCUGAGUACAAGUCAAAGGGGAUUACUGUUCAGUGUGUGGCCCCGUUCAUGGUGUCCACCAACAUGACGAAACACGCGACGGUCAACUUCUUUGUGAGGAGUGCCUCAGGGUUCGCCCGUGAGGCCUUGAACACUGUGGGUCACUCCAGCUACACCAGCGGCUGUCUGUCCCACGCACUGCAGAACGUGGCUCUCACAAUACUCCUUCCGGACUGGUUACGAAUGUCAACAUUCCUCAUAAGAAAGCUACGACACUCUGCAACAGCCGACCAACAUGAUAUCAACGUGUGCAAGAAAAAGGAGAAUCUUGGCCUAAAGGAGGAGUAGUCAUGUGAUUGCGUCUUCACAGAAGUUCUUACUGACAUAAAUGCUGACUUUUACAGCUGAAAAUAAGCUUUAUAAUCUUCACCAAAGGUCACCUACACAGAUUCCUGAAAAUGUGUGUACUAUCAUAGCAUGGUUACUGUAAUAAAUAAA